GGCGCACGCGCCGUGAGCGCCUAGUCCUUUGCUUUGUUGACGUUGAUGCGAAGCGGCGCAAGCGCGCUUGGAACGUGUCUGUCAGAGGCUUCCGGGGACCCGCUAGGAGCCCAGUGUCCCCUGUGAUAUGCUUAUAUCGGCACUGUAAGACAUAGCUCCAAAAUGGAAGAGACUAGCAGGGAGGCAGUUGCCACAGCUGUACAGAGGGUGGCUGGGAUGCUUCAGCGGCCAGACCAGCUGGAUAAAGUAGAACAAUAUCGCCGGAGGGAAGCACGCAAGAAGGCUUCAGUGGAAGCUAGACUCAAGGCAGCAAUACAGUCACAGCUAGAUGGAGUCCGCACUGGUUUAAGCCAGCUGCACAAUGCACUGAAUGAUGUCAAAGCUAUUCAGCAUUCUCUGGUUGAUGUCAAUAAAGAUUGGCGGCAAAGUAUCAACACGAUUGAAAACCUCAAGGAUGUUAAGGAUGCUGUAGUUCAACAUCGCCAGGUGGCAGCUGCUGUAGAAAACCUAAAAAAUAUAUUCUCAGUGCCAGAGAUAGUUCAGAAAACCCAAGACUUAAUAGAGCAAGGGCAACUGCUGCAAGCCCAUCGAAAGCUGAUGGAUUUGGAGUGCUCUCGAGAUGACCUGAUGUAUGAACAGUACCGUAUGGACAGCAAGAACACCCAUGAUAUGAAUCUAAUUGACAACUAUUUUGGUGAUAUGCAAAAACUUUCUGAAGAAUUGGCCAAGCAGCUAUGGAUGGUCAUUCAGAGGUCUCUGGUCACUGUCCGUCGAGACCCAACCUUGCUGGUUUCAGUUGUCAGGAUAAUAGAGAGGGAAGAGAAAAUAGACAGGCGCAUGCUUGAUCGAAAAAAGCAAACUGGGUUCAUCCCACCUGGCCGGCCUAAAAAAUGGAAGGAGAAAAUGUUCAAUGUAUUAGAUCGAACUGUCACUACCAGGAUUGAAGGCACGCAAGCAGACACCCGAGAAUCUGAUAAAAUGUGGCUGGUUCGCCAUCUGGAAAUCAUUCGCAAAUAUGUCCUUGAUGAUUUGCUAGUAGCUAAGAAUCUUCUGGAUCAGUGUUUCCCCCCACAUUAUGAAAUUUUCAAAAAGUUGCUACACAUGUACCACCAAGCUUUGUCUAUACGUAUGCAGGACCUGGCAUCAGAAGACCUGGAAGCAAAUGAAAUUGUUAGCCUUUUGACAUGGGUAUUAAAUACUUACAAAAGUGUAGAGAUGAUGGGCAAUCCGCAACUUGCACCAGAAGUAGAUGUGAAUUCCCUGCAGCCUCUACUUUCCCAAGAAGUUGUGGAUGACCUUCUUAGUACAUAUAUGUCAACUCUAACAUCCAACAUUAUUGGCUGGUUACGGAAAGCCCUGGAGACAGAUAAAAAAGACUGGCUAGGAGCAAAUGAACCUGAAGCAGAUCAAGAUGGCUAUUACCAAACCACACUCCCUGCUAUUGUGUUUCAGAUGUUUGAGCAGAAUCUUCAAGUGGCUACCCAGAUAAGUGAAGAUUUGAAAAUAAAGGUGCUACAUUUGUGUCUUCAACAAAUGAGUUCAUUCCUCAGCAGGUACAAAGAAGAAGCUCAUUCAUAUAAAGAAGAGCACCUAAGAAAUCGUCAGGACCAUCCAUGUUAUGUACAGUAUAUGGUUGCCAUAAUCAACAAUUGUCAGACCUUUAAGGAAUCGAUUAUCAGUUUAAAAAAGAAAUACUUGAAUCCUGUGAUGGAAGAGAUCAUGACAAGCAGUCAUGCAAGCAUUGAUGCAGUUCUAGAUGAUGUUGCCAAAGAAGGAUGUUCAAGCCUGCUAGAUGAAGUCUUCAUGGAUUUAGAGCCACAUCUCAGUGAGCUGAUGACCAAAAAAUGGCUUGGAGGAUCCAAUGCUGUGGGCACAAUCUGUGUAACUGUAGAGGAUUAUUUCAAUGAUUUUGCAAAAAUAAAGAAGCCCUACAAGAAGAAAAUGACCGUUGAGUGUCAUCGUAGAGUCGUUGUGGAAUAUAUCAAGGCAAUUAUGUCAAAGCGUAUUACUUUCAAGACUGCAGAAGAAAGGAAACAAGGUGCUGAACGAAUGAAGACAGAAGCUGAACAGUUCCGAUUUCUGUUCAAAAAACUUGCUGCUGGAUCUGGGGAGGACACAGAAGGACUUUGCAGUGUAAUUGAAGCUAUAGCAGAAGUAUUCAAGUUGACAGAUCCUUCACUACUUUAUCUAGAGGUCUCAACUUUAGUCAGCAAACACCCAGAUAUCAGGGAUGACCAUAUUGCAGCUUUGUUGACAAUGCGAGGAGAUGCCAGCAGAGAGAUGAAGCAGACCAUCAUUGAAACACUGGACAAAGGCCCAAGCCAACCAAGUCCAAACUAUGUGCCAAUUUUUAAAGAUGUUACAGUUUCAACUCUAACUGUGCCAAAACUUCUUAAGUAAUAGCAACAUAUUUAAAUAUGUAUGGGUGUGGCAUUAAUAUGUUAUAAAUCUCUGUAGCCUAAUUUGAUUGUGCACUUAAAGAACAGAUGAGAGUUUCUUGCUAGGCUUUUAAUGUUUAUGUCUAAUAUUAGGAAUUAUAACAAGGACUAGAAAUAGCCAGAUUGGUCACUUGAAGAAUAUGCAGUAUUCUGAUGGCCAAAGUAGUUUGAAUUGCCAUUGUCAGCAAUACACUUCUCACAACUAUUUAUCUUGGCUUUUGUUUGUAUACUCUGAUGCACAUACUUUUAAGAAAAUACAAUAAUGAAUUAGCUUCUAGGUUGACAAAUAAAAAGCAAUUGACAUGUUCAAGGUA